GGGAGUGUCCAAAGCUCUUUGUUUGAUGGCAUCUGUUUACAGAGUUACACUUUAAUAUCAACCUGUUUCCUCCUCCUCCUUCUCCUCCUCCUCCUCCGUGACCUCCUUCUCCUCCCCUUUCUCCUGAGAAACUUCGCCCCGGCCGUGCGGAGCGCCGCUGCGCAGCCGGGGAAGGACGCAGGCAAGGCGGAGGGCAGCGGGAGGCGGCAACCGGUGCGGUCCCCGGGGCUCUUGGCGGAGCCCCGGCCCGCCUCGCCAUGGCCCGGAGACCCCGGCACAGCAUAUACAGUAGCGAUGAGGACGAUGAAGACAUUGAGAUGUGUGACCAUGACUAUGAUGGGCUGCUUCCCAAAUCUGGAAAGCGUCACUUGGGGAAAACUAGGUGGACCAGGGAAGAGGAUGAAAAGCUGAAGAAGCUGGUGGAACAGAAUGGGACAGAUGACUGGAAAGUGAUCGCCAAUUACCUGCCGAACCGGACGGAUGUGCAGUGUCAACACCGGUGGCAGAAGGUGCUAAACCCUGAACUCAUCAAGGGUCCCUGGACCAAAGAGGAAGAUCAGAGAGUGAUCGAGCUUGUACAGAAAUACGGCCCAAAGCGUUGGUCCGUGAUUGCCAAGCACUUAAAAGGGAGGAUUGGAAAACAGUGUCGGGAGAGGUGGCACAACCACUUGAACCCAGAAGUUAAGAAAACCUCCUGGACAGAAGAGGAAGACAGGAUCAUCUACCAGGCACACAAGAGACUGGGGAACAGAUGGGCCGAAAUCGCAAAGCUACUGCCUGGACGGACUGAUAAUGCUAUCAAGAAUCACUGGAAUUCCACCAUGCGCCGGAAGGUAGAACAGGAAGGAUACCUGCAGGAGCCUUCCAAAGCCAGCCAGCCGCCGGUGGCCGCCAGCUUCCCGAAGAACAAUCAUCUGAUGGGCUUUGCUCAUGCCUCGCCUUCAUCUCAGCUCUCUCCAAAUGGCCAGCCGUCGGUCAACAGCGACUAUCCUUACUACCACAUUUCCGAAGCACAAAAUGUCUCCAGUCACGUUCCAUAUCCUGUAGCGUUGCAUGUAAAUAUAGUCAAUGUCCCUCAGCCAGCUGCAGCAGCCAUACAGAGACACUAUAAUGAUGAAGACCCCGAGAAAGAAAAGCGAAUAAAGGAAUUAGAAUUGCUCCUGAUGUCAACGGAAAAUGAGCUCAAAGGACAGCAGACGUUACCAACACAGAACCACACUUGCAGCUACCCUGGGUGGCACAGCACCUCCAUUGUGGACCAGACCAGACCUCAUGGAGACAGUGCACCUGUUUCCUGUUUGGGAGACCACCACUCCUCCACUCCUUCUCUGCCUGCAGAUCCUGGCUCUCUACCUGAAGAAAGCGCCUCGCCAGCCAGGUGCAUGAUCGUCCACCAGGGCACCAUUCUGGAUAACGUUAAGAACCUCUUAGAAUUUGCAGAAACACUCCAAUUUAUAGAUUCUGAGUCUUCAUGGUGUGAUCUCAGCAGUUUUGCAUUCUCUGAAGAAGAAGCAGCUUUUUCUCGUAGCCAACAGCACACAGGCAAAGCCUUCCAGCUUCAGCAAAGAGAGGGCCGUGGGACUAGACCUUCAGGAGAGCCUGGCCUGAGGGUGAACAGCCCAGGGCUGAGCCAGGAGGCGUCCCCUGGCCCAGCCAAAGCCUUACCUCUUGCGAGGCACAGCAUUGUUCCACUGGUCAUCCUUCGAAAAAAGCGGGGCCAGGCCAGCCCCUUAGCCACGGGAGACUCUAGCUCCUUCCUCUCUGCUGACAUCAGCACCUCAACUCCCAAGCAUUCCCCUGUGAAAAGCUUACCCUUCUCUCCCACUCAGUUCUUGAACACUUCCAGCAACCACGAAAACUCGGGCUUAGAUGGGCCUUCUUUAUCCCCCACUCCUCUCAGCGGUCACAAACUAACAACGCCGUGUCACAGAGACCAGACUGUGAAACCCCAGAAGGAAAAUUCCAUCUUUAGAACUCCAGCUAUCAAAAGAUCAAUCCUUGAAAGCUCCCCGAGAACACCCACGCCAUUCAAACACGCGCUCGCCGCUCAAGAAAUCAAAUACGGUCCCCUGAAGAUGCUACCUCAGACACCCUCUCACUUGGUGGAAGACCUGCAGGACGUGAUCAAGCAGGAAUCUGACGAAUCGGGAGUUGUUGCUGAGUUUCAAGAGAAUGGACCCCCACUACUGAAGAAAAUCAAGCAGGAGGUGGAGUCACCAACUGAUAAAGCGGGAAAUUUCUUCUGCUCAAACCACUGGGAAGGGAACAGUCUGAGCGCCCAGCUGUUCGCCCAGGCAUCUCCUGUGGCAGAUACCCCGAAUAUUCUUACAAGCUCUGUUUUAAUGACGUCGGUGUCAGAAGAUGAAGACAAUGUCCUCAAAGCAUUCACAGCACCUAAAAACAGGCCCUUGGUGGGUCCCUUGCAGCCCUGCAGUGGUGGUGCCUGGGAACCAGCAUCCUGCGGGAAGACAGAGGAUCAGAUGACGGUCUCCGGUCAGGCUCGAAAAUAUGUGAGCGCAUUCUCGGCUCGGACUCUGGUCAUGUGAGACAUUUCCAGAAAAGCAUUAUGGUUUUCAGAACACUCCAAGUUAACUUGUGAUAUAUCAUUCCUCAACGUGGAACGCUUCAUGAUUGAGAGAAGAACCUAUUUUUUGUUGUUGUUACAACAGUUGAGAGAAGCACCAAGUGCGUUUUAGUUGCAUGAAAUCUUAUUGGAUUUCACCCAACUAAAAAGGAUUUUUUUUAAAAAAAAAUUAAUGAAUUGCAGUCUUACCUAAAUUAUUAGGUAAUGAAUUGUAACCAUUUGUUAAUAUCGUAAUCAGAUUUUUAAAAAAAAAAAUAAAAUGAUUUAUUUGUAUUUUAGAGGAUCUAACAGAUCAGUAUUUUUUGACUGUGGUAAAUUUUUAAAAAAUUUUUAUACAAAGAAAUACCCCAGUAUCUCACAUUUCUCAAUCACUAAGCAUACCCACAAAUAUUUUUAAAAACCGGUAAAAGCAUUAUCAUGAAUGUUGGCUAAAUACCAAGUGAUAGUUCAUGGAGCCUCUAAGAGCUCAUUUGUAGUUAAUAAUAUUGGAAAUACGUUUAUUGGACUAAACCAACUCAUGAGGAUUUUUUUGUUAGCUUGCUUUAAAAAUUAUUACUGUAUGAAAUAGUUUUAUAAAAAAAUAUAUUUUUAUUCAGUAAUUUAAUUUUGUAAAUGCCAAAUAAAAAAAAAUGUGUUUCGCUGCUAUGGUCUUAGCCUGUAGACAAUGCUGCUAGUAUCAGAGGUGCAGUAGAGCUUGGAUGAAAGAAAAGAAACUCUGUGUUAGAUAACAAACUAUGCACUAGAACUUAAGACUUUUUUAUUUUUAUAUAUAUACUUUUUCCUUUUGUAAUUGGAAAACUUAUUUGGGAGAUUUUUGCAUUUGUUGUAUGUUUUCGUUUAUUUUUUUUUAGGAAAGUUUUUUUUUGUUAUUGUUGGUUUAUAAAAGCAUGCAUUGCACUUCUUUUUUUUGGGAAAUUUAUGUUGUUCAUGUCAUAUGUUUUGUUUUGAGUUGACCGUUCAUUUAUUCAGGCAUUCUGAGUCUGACAGAACUGCCUCAUGGUUCUUGUGUUUGUGGAGGACAAACGUAGAGGUCACUAGCCGGUUUCUGCCUUGAGAACACUGGGUGCAAGAUGGCCGGUCCUCAACUUCGGAAAUGACAGUGUACUUACUGCCUUGUAGCAAAAUAAAGCUGUGCCCUUAUUUUACAUA